UACACACAGAACCUGUUCCCUGCACCUUCGCAAUAGGUGCAGUAGUUUGAUGGAAAACAGUAAUGCUUUUUACCUUUGUGGUUACUUUAUACUUGCCUGUGUUUAAAGCUAUGAUAGAGGAAAUGUACUUGUUUAUAGAAUGAAUUUAGAAAAAUCAUCACCUUUCAUGUUGUGCUAAGUGAGAGGCGCCUUCCUUGUAAGAAACUGAAAACUCCCCCAACUCCCACACUGGGAACUGAACCAAGGCAUCGUGCACCCUAGGCAAGUACUCUGCAACUGAGCCACAUCCUCAACCCUUUUAAUUUCUUGAAGUAGUAUCUUGUUAAGUUACCCAGGGUGAGCAGGAGCUUGGCAUCCUCUUGCCACAGUCUCUGAACAUUCACACUACACCAGGCCUCUUAAAACUUUUUUUAGAGUAACCUUAUCUACAAGCCAACUAUGCUAAAAGUUGCGAGAAAAUUUAAUGACAUUUUUUCAAUUCUUAGUGUUUGCUAGCUCUGUGUUUAGUCCUUACCACUCUAAGGAAGCCGACACUUUUUUCUUUCAUUUUUACAGUUAAAAAACAUACUUAGGAAAGUAACACUGCUGUUAGGUUAUAAGUCCACUAAACGUGGCAUUUCUCUAGGAUUUUUCAGUCUGACAGAGGAGGUAAAGAAUGAAUGUAUUAAUCAGAAUACAAAGAAAGUAGGAGAAAAGGAUUAAAAACAUGGAAAUGAUUACACUGAGGAAUGCAUUGGAAAAGGGUUUUGAGGGAUAAGUAGGAUGCAGAGGAGAGGAUGCACUUGUUUGAUAGAAGACAGAAGCUGCAUGGGCUGGGGAUUUGGCUCAGUGGUUCCGCUGCCUGCUUCCCGAGUGCAAGGACCCAAGUUCGAUCCCUGGUACCAACAACAACAAGAAAAAGAAGACAAAAGCUGCAGAGUGGCCAUGGGAGGGGACUUACCCCUUGAAUUUGCCUAAAUAAAGAUGUUGAAAGGUAGGAACACUGACAUUUUUGAGAAGACCCAAAUGUGAUAGGAUAGAAUAAACUUGACACCAAAAUGUAAGAUGGAUUGCAAGUGAAGAGUGAUUUUGGGAACAGAUAUGGGAAAGAAGAACCACCAAACGGAGUGAUGAUCAGCAAUCUCAUGAUAAAUCUGGAUGUUAGUUCUCAUGCCUCAGAACAUCCUACUGGAAACCACUAUACCAGCUCCUGGAUCAGACUUUUUAUCCACUUAGUCCCCCUCUUUGCCUGAACUACUAAAGCCCGCUAACUGCGAAUGGCUACCCAGAGGAAACACUUGGUGAAAGAUUUUAAUCCUUACAUUACCUGCUAUAUUUGUAAAGGGUAUCUGAUCAAGCCAACUACUGUGACGGAAUGUCUCCAUACCUUCUGUAAGACUUGUAUUGUUCAGCACUUUGAAGAUAGCAAUGAUUGUCCCAGAUGUGGCAACCAAGUUCAUGAGACAAAUCCAUUAGAAAUGUUGAGGUUGGAUAAUACAUUGGAGGAAAUUAUAUUUAAGCUGGUUCCUGGACUACGAGAACAAGAACUUGAGCGUGAAUCUGAAUUUUGGAAGAAAAAUAAGCCUCAAGAAAAUGGACAAGAUGAUACUUCGAAAGUUGACAAACCUAAAGCAGAUGAAGGUGAUGAAAAUCAGGAUGAUAAAGACUAUCAUAGAAGUGACCCACAAAUUGCUAUCUGUCUAGAUUGUUUACGAAAUAAUGGACAAUCAGGAGACAAUGUAGUCAAGGUGAGUGGACAAGGUCUAAUGAAGAAAUUCAUUCGAUGUUCUACACGUGUAACUGUGGGAACUAUUAAAAAAUUUCUAAGUUUAAAACUAAAACUUCCAAGUUCUUAUGAGUUGGAUGUACUGUGCAAUGGUGAAAUUAUGGGGAAGGAUCAUACUAUGGAAUUCAUCUAUAUGACAAGAUGGCGACUAAGAGGAGAAAACUUUCGGUGUCUGAACUGCUCAGCUUCGCAAGUCUGCUCUCAGGAUGGCCCUUUGUAUCAGUCAUACCCUAUGGUAUUGCAGUAUCGACCAAGAAUUGAUUUCGGUUAGACCAAGGGGCCUAGAUUUCACUGAAAUGAAUCCUGCACUAUUUGUUUACUCGUCGACAGAUUGCACAGUGAACGGUGUGUGGACUAGAGGGACACAAUCAGAUUUUCAGCAUGCAAAUAAGGCCAUUGUCUGUCUCUAAAUUGUCAGUUGCAUUCAUGUUGUUUCUAUUAAAAGCAAACCAGGUGCCAUUCUGCUACUGAACCAUCUGCAUAAGGUAUUUGUGCUGUCUCACAGUGUACAAGUCAUGGUUGAAAUCAUGGUGUGCAGCCAUGAUUCAGCCUUCUGAAUAUUUUGCUUGCCUGUUCUAAGAUUGUCCUAAUGUUUAAUUACACUAGUAAUAUGGCUCAAUCAUUGUGGUGUUGCAGUUUUCACAUACUUACUAUGUUAUUAAUUGUUUAAAUAGAGUACUGUACAAGAACCUGAUAAUUAUAUGUGGAAGUUAUUUUGUGUGGAAAUAUAUUUAGAAAAGUGGUUUCUCAGCCACCUUCUUAUUCUUGCUAAUAAGCUUUUUGUGUAAAAAAUAGUUCAUUCUUGAGUGUGCAAGUCAUUUUAUGAAGAAUUCCAAUUAUUUAAUGUUGGAGCACACCAUAAUUGUCAACAUUUGAAGCAUCUGUCUGUGUGGUCUACCAGUUGCACAGGAAGGCAUGUUAGCCCUCCAGAUCAAAAUGUAUAAUUUUUUUGACAACUGAAGUUAGAUUCACAACCAUUUGCAGUGUUGGCAGCUGAUCACAUUUACUUCUAAUAAAAUUAAUGUGUAAGUAAGGUUCAUCUUUCAUAAUGCCUUAUGACAAGUGGGUGCUGCUUCAUGAAACUUCAUUGCAUCGCCCAUUUUAUGUAUGUACCAUUACAUUGUUGUUGUCAUUUAAUGAAUACAUUGUUUUUCUUUUAUGUUGGCCUUAGGUGUGUGUUAUUGUGGCAUGCAGAAGGUUAUGAAUGAUGAUUUUAAAUAUUAGGUUCUUUUAGAACAGAUAAUGUUAGCUAUUUUAUGGAUUUCAAAUGUCUCAAAAACAGUUGCAGGUUAAAAAUGUUAAUUAUCACAUUUCCAAAACAUAUGCCUAAAAUAGAUACAGUUUAGUAGAUAAAUAUGCUAACCAAAAUUAAUGGUUUGAGAAUAUUUUAUUUUAGAUACUGUAAUCAGAGGGAAAUUGGAUUAUUGUUUUAUACAUGAGUUCGUUAAAAUUCAAAACUGCGAUAAAUUUCCUUGAUUUUGCAGUUUUGUUAAGUCUUCCAUUUGUUUUGGGAUUAAUCUGCAAGUCACAGAAAGUGUUGUUACCUUAAACUAUGUAAAAUUUUUUAUUUUAAACCUUUUAAAAUUUUACAGUUUUCCAAAAAAUGUUCUUGGAAAAUGUUUUAACAAUUGCUUUUGAAACAAACAUGUUAACCUCUGAAAAUUAGGGAAAUGCUUGGAAAUUAGGGAAAUCUACUUGUUUUAGAAAUCUGACAUGAGCACAAUCUAUGUGUUAAACACAUAGCUUUUAUACUGUAUACAUGAGAGAAGUGCUACAUUUUCUAGUAAAAUGUAUCACAAAUUUUAUUGCCUUUUAAAUUCUAAAUUGCUUCAUGAAACUAAAACAUCGUUACUCUGAGAAACAUACAAAAUACAGCUCAAUCUCAAUGCAUUUCAUAAUGUAUAAGACUGAAAAUUCAUAAUUUUUAUAUCUUCAGUCAAAAAAAUCUAUAUAAAAGUUUCUGUUGUUCUGACUUGUGAAGAAGGUUAUGGCAGUAUUUUCUUAACUUUGUUUUUUUAGAUUGUUAGUUCUUGGAAGGGAAAAAUUUUAAAUGGACAAAUUUAAAAUUUAAAAACACAAAAUUUAAAAUGUUAUUUUCAUUAAAUGCUUGGAAAAACUAUUAGACCCAACCCAAAACUGAAUUUAUUAUCCAACUACAGACACUUUUUUUGUGAAAUCCAGUUCCUAGAUAUUUUUUUAAUUUUUAAAAUUAGUAUAAAUUUGUCACAACUAGAUCAAUGAUUAAAUAGUAUUUUACAUAUGGAAGGUAAUUUUAGUUAACUCAAAAUGAAUUGAGUGCAUUUUGAAAACCACAAAUAAGACUUAUAUAUUUUGACUCCCAAGUCAAACCUUAUGGCCAUAAAUAAGUUUUAGAUUGAAGAUCUCUUUAAAUUUGGUCUGUUGCCUGAUCAUAUGUAAUUCUACCAUUCUCUAAGAAAGUGUUUAGGGAAACAGUUACGGAAUUGAGAAUAGUUUAUAUAAAAUUCCUUUAUUUAAUUUUAAUGCAUUAAGAUUUUUAUUGAAAUGCAGUGGAAGAAUAUGUGCCAAAAUGUGUAAAAAUCUUACAUAAAGAAGGGCAUCAGUUGUCAUUUGAGGAUAGGUGAACAUUUUUUUUUUGAUGGUCCUAAGUACUGUGGUAUUGCUACUAGAAACCUAGACUUCUUCAGCUGACCUCUUUUAGUAUAUCAACAAUGAGUUUCCAAGUAUGUGACUACUUUCAUGGCUAGUAGUACACUGAAUUCCCAGCCAAUUAUUCCGUAUAUCAGAUUAUAGAAUUUGUAAUAAACCAGGUAUAGAGAAAAUAUACAAGCACCUUUUUUGGUUAGCUUUAUAAAUACAGAGUGCUCUAAAAAAAAAAACCACCUUUAUAUGGUCUGCAUCUGUUAAAUCACAUUAUAAACCUAAAUUAUUCAUUAAUCUGUUGUUUCUUAAUAAACUGAAAGAAUUUUAUUCCGUAGAAAACUGUUUUCUGUUCUAUCUGCCUUAAAAAUCAGAUAUGAAUAGGUCAAGGAACUUUAGAUAAUAAAGAUUGUAUGUGGUUUAUAAAUAUCACUUUAAAUUGCAGUAGUCACAUUAAUUAAUAGAGAAAUCAAAAUAUGGCCUUUUCUCUUAACAAGACACUAAGUUAAAAAGAUACUUAGUAUAAAAAAAGAUUUAUUGAUGAGUUAAGAGUCUGGAGGUUGGGUAACUUGAGUAAUGUCUUUUAGCUACUUUUAGAAAAGUAUACUAUUUCUUUACUCGUUGAACAUCUAUCCCAUACUAAUAUACCACAUUUUAUAAAUGUAGUAAAUUUGCUUACUUAUAUUAUACAGUCAAGUGUUAUGUUAAUUUAAACUAACUCCUCAAGAAAAAUGUGUUAUAUACUAUUGUGAACUGUUUAGCUUUAUUAAAUAUUAAAGAGAAAGUGCCUCAUUGCUAACAUGCAUUUCUGUUUUAGAUUUACUGCAUAAAUUUUGAGUUUUCUGUAUCUGUCCCUUAUGAGUGGUUUCAUAUUUAUAUAGGCACUUGCAAGUUAAGAGUAAUCACUUUUUCAAAGAUUUUCAUAAGAAUAUAGGUAUCACCAAAGAUAUUUUACUGUUAAUUAGUAACCAUGUUGGAAAACAGUUUUAACUGUUCAGGGGUUGGAAUAUUUUAGAUUGUGACUUAAUUUUGUAUAGUCAGGCAAUAACCUUGAUUAAUUGCUAAAAUAUCACCAAAGAAAGGCUUUAAACUAAAUUUGCUUGGUGAGACUAGUCAAAUGUAGGUUUUUCUUGAAAUGACCAGAGCACAUUUCCUUUCAAACACGUUCAGUUAUCUGUCACCAUCUGACAUGUCUUAAAUUCUCAAAUGUGAGAAGGAGAUAAGUACAACAAAUAGCUUUCCUCUGAAGGAAAAGUGGAAAAAGUGCAUACUUUUGAAAAAAAAUUGAAAUUGAGAUUUUUAAAUUUUAAUUUGAGAUGCUUUUUAUUCCACAGAGGCAAUAUAAAAUAAAUUACUCUUAUUUAGCUCCUGGGCUUUUAGUAAUAUGUAAAAUUUUAUUAAAGAUAGAUUUUGGUAACAGUGCUGACAUGCUUAUUUGUGUAGAACAUAGUACCUUCUUCUGAAUUUACACAAAUACUUUUUCUAUGUUCAGAAACAAAAUUUUCAUUAGGUCCUAUGUUUCUUGUGUCUCAGCAGUUACUUUAUUGUUAUUAGAAUUUAGCCUUUACAUCCACAUUUGGCAAAAUGAAUCACAAAACAAGAGCAUCUCUAUAUACCAAAAGAGAUGGACCUUUAUGUCAUUUCUCUUGUAAGGUAAAACUAUUAUAAAGUUUGCUCAUAGAUCACUAGUUAAACCUUGUUAUAUAGGAUAAAAAUGAAUGCACAUUCUAUUACAUACCCUGGUCCAGAAUAAGGAAUUCUCCAGCAAGCUAAGCUUUAUGCCACUAAAAUAUUGUUUGAUUAUAUUAAUUUCAAACAUCAGUUAUUUUGCCAUAACCUUUCCAGAGUAGAAACAUAAAAAUUUGAACUGUUAUUAACAUUAUUGUAAGAUGUAUAUACCUAUAAUCUGGAGAGCAGUAAGGAAUAUGUCUGGUAAAUGUGGUUUAUGAAAGAUUUAAAAAAUAUUAAGACAAGAUUUUUAAAAUAUUAAAGACUCAAAAGCCCUCUCAAAGCACAAAAUGGACAGUUGUUUCUGGAUUUACUUGAUAUACCUAGUUCAGUAGUAUUUUAAUGGAAAACAGGAGGUCAAAAGUUCAUUAAAAUGUACUUAUGUAGUACAGUUUUCAUUGUUCUAUUUUUUUUUGGUAUUUUUUAAUAAUGUUUUUUUCCCAGUAAUUUGAAAGUUUACUUGUUGUUGCUAUAGUUUCAAGUAAAAUUAAAAUGCUUGAGCACUUCCUUUUAAGAAAGUUUUAAAAUUCAGCUUAAAAAUAACUUUUAAUUACAUUAAAUGCUCAUCCAAAUGUGUCUGUAUACUCAUGCUCCUUUUUUAUGAUUCAAAACUGAGACUGGUUUUUCAGAAAUGCUUUUUAAUUUUAAUUAUAUUUAAGUCUACAGUCAAGUGAAACAUGGGUCCAGUUUUCUUCCAUCUUAUAGAUAAGAAACUAAUACAAAUGAUUAAAUAUUUCUGGGUAAUGUAGAGAUAGUAAGCAGAUUAAUUUAUUUAUCCAUACACUUCACAUCAGUCCACUGGAGCAGGAAUUCUACACAUUAAAAUGUAAUGGGAUCAGCCAGUAUUGCUUGGUGUCAGUUUCUUUUGCUGUAUUUUUAGAAUAGGGAUGGGGGCCUAAGUGUCCUUAUGAAGCUGUGGUCCAUGACAAGAGCUUGUGGGGAGGGAGUACCAGUGUUCUGCUGUUUUCCUGCAUCGGGCAGCACAACAGCGAUCAUCAGUUUUUUUAGAGUAGCCCUCACAAUAAAUAAAGCUAUCAUAGAAUAUAUUGUAAAGUUACGUUGCUAGUUUUACUUUGAGAUAUUUUAAGCUUUUGUCAAAAGUGGUAACAUCUUAAUACAAAUAAAAACCUUUUUGUGGUUGUAAGAUUUAGCUUAUAAAUCAUUCAAAUUGAAGUGAAAGAUUUACCAGGUCAUUGUUAAUGACUUAGUCUAUUAAGAAUAUAUGUAUUUUUUUAAAGGAAAAGCACUUGUAGAUAUUUAAUCAGUACAAGAUAUAUGUCUGUUUUGCAGAAGUAAAAUGCUGCUUAGAGAUUCUCUUUAAAUAUUUUUUAUUUUUGUGCUUAAAUGUAUUUUCUGUUGAUCUAUGGAAUGUUCUGUACAAUGCUGUAUGAUUGUACUGUUCAAGGUAGAUACUUUUUUUUAAAUCUGGACUUAGCCAAAUAUAUUUGACCAUGUUAAAAUAGUAUCUUUGUUAUUAAAAAUUUGAUUGCAUAA